AUGCUUGCCCGCGGCCUUCUCGGCCGUCGUGUGACGCUUUGCGUACCCAAAACAACAACAAACAAUGCUGCGUACAGCGCGAUUAGCUUCCAGUCUGUCAAUCAGGCACGCUUCAUUCUUGCUGUCCGGAAUGCAUUGAAACUCUGCUCUCCAUCCCUGGCGCGCUCCUUCGCAACCAAGCAAAUUACCAAGAAGCCUGCUGCCAAAAAGACCACGACCGCCAAAAAGCCGGCGGCUAAGAAGAAGGCUGCCCCCAAAAAGAAGACUGCCUCGAAGAAGAAGAAGCCAGCAGCAAAGAGGAAGGUCGGAAAGAAAGUAAAGAAGACCAAGAAAGCUCCUAAGGUCUUGACGGACGAGCAGAAGACGGCAGCUGCAGCGAAGAAACAGCGGGAGAGGGUAAAGACACUGAAAGCUGAGGCCCUGGAGCCACCCAAGGGCAAGCCAUCGACCGUUUGGCAGCUCAUUAUCCAGGAGCAUACGGCAGGGAAGACUGGAGUUGCUUUCGUGAAAUUGGUAGAGGAGGCGAAGGCCAAGUACAAUGGCCUCUCGCCCUCAGAGAGGGAGGCGUACAACCACACCGUCAACCAGAACAAGGCGGACAAUACCGCAGCGUACGAGAAAUGGGUCAAGAGUUACACUCCGGAGCAAAUCCGCAUUGCCAAUGCAGCGCGAAGCAGUCUUCGUCGUCUUGCAAAGGCAAGCAAGAAGCCUGUUUCAUAUCGCUUGAUACACGAUGAACGUGCCCCGAAGCGCCCUGCGACCUCCUACACGUCCUUUGCUACGGACCGAUAUUCCUCUGGAGACUUCACCGCCAUUCCAAUGACCGAGGCUGGUAAGCUGAUGGGCGAAGAAUGGCGUGCACUGAACGCUUCCGAGAAACAGAAAUACGAGGCACGCGCAGAAGCCCAGAAACAGGCGUAUUACAAAUCUUUCAAGAGCACCUUCGGUCACGACGCUCCUUCAGUGGCCAAAGCCGCGUGA